AUGGUGCUCUCGUUCUUAUUGCUGAGUGUUCUCAGUAUAUCUGGGUCUGUGCUCGCCCAGAGUUCUUCUGGCUACACUGAUUCAGGAAAUGGUUUCGUUUUUCAAGGCUACACCGACCCGGUAUAUGAUGUCACUUAUGGCCUUGUAUUCCCCCCACUUGUCACCACUGGAACGAAUUCUACCGAAUUUAUUGGUGAAAUUGUUGCACCUAUCGGAGCUCAAUGGAUCGGACUAUCACUAGGCGGUGCUAUGCUCGACAGCUUGUUGCUAGUCGCAUGGCCCAACAUCAACUCAGUUGUGUUUUCGUCUCGUUAUACAACCGCUUAUACAGGUCCUAUCAUCACCAGCCUUCCAUCUACCACUGUCAACUCAACUCAUUGGAAAUGGGUGUUCCGAUGCCAGAAUUGUACCAGUUGGCAAGGUGGAAGCAUUAACUUGGGAGGGUCAAGCGCACUGGCUUGGGCAUACUCCAAUGUUGCUGUGAAUGAUCCUUCUGAUCCUCAAAGUAGCUUCCAGGAGCACACUGAUUUUGGAUUUUUCGGAGAAAACUUUGCUGCGGCACACAGCUCGAAUUAUAACAAUUAUCUCAACGGAGACCCAGGGACGACGAGCUCUGUUCCCACUAGCACUUCUACCGUAGUAUCUAGUACAACAACUUUAACUAGUCCCACUACUACUGCAACUCCUUACGACUACAUCGUAGUUGGUGCCGGUCCAGGGGGUAUAAUAGCAGCAGAUCGUCUUUCUGAAGCCGGUAAAAAGGUUCUUCUACUAGAACGCGGAGGACCGAGUACUGGGGAAACUGGUGGAACAUAUGACGCUGUCUGGGCCGAAGGCACUAAUCUGACUAAAUUCGAUAUCCCCGGAUUAUUUGAGUCCAUGUUCACUGAUUCUAAUCCGUGGUAUUGGUGUAAAGACAUCACUGUUUUCGCUGGAUGCUUGCUCGGAGGCGGUACUUCGAUCAAUGGGGCCCUGUACUGGUUGCCGCAAGACUCUGAUUUCUCGACUAGCGUUGGUUGGCCAAGCAGCUGGGGAAAUCACCAGCCGUACACAAAUAAAAUGGCUGCUCGUCUUCCCAGUACAGAUCAUCCAUCAACGGAUGGGUUGCGUUAUUUGGAGCAAUCAGCUACAGUUACGGCUCAACUUCUCAAUGGUCAAGGGUAUCGCAAUAUCACUAUAAACGAUGACCCUAACUCGAAAGAUCACUCGUAUGGUAACAGCGCUUUUGAUUUCAUAAAUGGCAAACGAGGUGGCCCUGUUGCAACGUAUCUCCAGACAGCACUAGCUCGUUCAAAUUUUGUAUACAAAGAUCACACCUUGGUGUCGAAUGUCGUCCGCAAUGGAUCUCAAAUCACGGGUGUGCAGACGAACGAUUCGUCUCUUGGGCCUAAUGGUGUUGUGCCUCUUACACCCAACGGACGUGUGAUCUUAUCAGCAGGGUCUUAUGGUUCACCUCGCAUCUUGUUCCAGAGUGGCAUUGGUCCCGCAGAUAUGAUUGCUCUAGUAGAAGGUAGUCCGACCGCAGCUGCUAAUUUGCCACCAUCAAGCCAGUACAUAGACCUCCCUGUUGGAUACAAUGUGUCUGAUAACCCUUCUAUUAACUUUGUUUUCACACACCCUAGUAUCGAUGCUUAUGACAACUGGGCGGAUGUGUGGACUGAUCCUCGUCCCGCUGAUGCGGUACAAUAUUUGAAAGAUCAAUCUGGAGUAUUUGCAGGUGCCUCACCAAAACUUAACUUUUGGCGCUCCUACACUGGCACUGACGACAAGCAACGAUGGAUGCAAGGGACUGUUCGACCUGGCGCCUCCGCUGUCAAUACAACUUAUGCUUACAAUGAUAGUCAAAUAUUCACAAUUACUACCUACCUAUCCCAAGGAGUGACUUCUCGUGGACGGAUUGGCAUCAACGCAGCUCUGACUGGACUGCCUCUAGUCAAUCCAUGGUUUACCGAUCCUGUUGACAAGUCCACCCUAAUAACUGCGCUCAAUGAUAUUGUUUCAAAUAUCAAUACUGUCCCUGGACUCACAUUAAUUACACCAGAUAAUCAAACUACGAUUACUGACUACGUUAACAGCUACGAUCCUGGGUCGCUAGAUUCAAAUCAUUGGGUGGGAUCAAACAGCAUAGGCUCAGUGGUUGAUUCCAAUACAAAAGUCUUCAGUACGAACAAUUUGUUUGUUGUUGACGCCUCUAUCAUUCCUUCACUGCCAACGGGAAAUCCUCAUGGAACACUUAUGUCUGCUGCAGAGCAAGCUGCUGCAAAGAUUUUGGCACUAGCCGGAGGUCCCUAAAUAAUAGGAUAUGUUGCUUGUGUCUAUUCAGGACUUGAAUACAUUAGCUUGUAUUAGUGCUACCCUCGGAAAAUGCUGUUCAGGUGGUUAUGAAGGUCUCAUGCCUCUGAUUGCAGGCCUGGUAACCUGAUGGUACGAGGAAUAUUACAUUGCCGUUUUGUUGAACACGAGGUCAUUGCCCGAGUAUGACAAAGGUAAGUGCCUUGUCCAAGUGCUUUCCCAGAGUGCUUCGAUGUUUCUGGCUAUUGAACUAUUACAUUCUUGGUCUUCUUGUUUCUAUUUACCUUGAUGUAUCCAUUGUACUAAUUGAUG